CCCCGCUGUUAAUCACCAUCCAGCUCGGUUUUUGAACGCUGCUCCGCCGCUGUCAGGACUCAGGUCUGGCUGAACAAUGGACGGAGGACACCGCUGAGGAUUUACCGGGAACAUCUUGUGUAAAGUUGGAUUUUGUCAUCCGGAUUUCUUUUUUUGGGGGGGGGCGAAAGCAAAGUUUCGAGUCGGUUUGGAGUCCACGGAGGUUCGGACAAAGUCUGGAGUAAAAGAAACAGCGCAGCCGCUGGGAUAAAGGCAGAGGAUGGGGAGCCGCGGGCACUACCGGUACCACUGGCAGAGCCACAAUGUCAAACACAGCGGCGUGGACGACAUGGUGCUCCUCAGCAAGAUCAACGAGGACGCCAUCGUGGACAACCUCAAGAAGAGAUACAUGGACGACUACAUCUUUACAUACAUCGGCCCCGUGCUCAUCUCCGUCAACCCUUUCAAGCAGAUGCCGUACUUUGGAGAAAAAGAAAUUGAGAUGUACCAGGGUGCAGCUCAGUACGAGAACCCUCCUCACAUCUAUGCCCUGGCAGACAACAUGUACAGGAACAUGAUGAUUGACCGUGAGAACCAGUGUGUCAUCAUCAGCGGCGAGAGCGGCGCGGGGAAGACGGUGGCGGCCAAAUAUAUCAUGAGCUACAUCUCCAGGGUGUCAGGAGGCGGAGCCAAAGUUCAGCACGUCAAAGACAUCAUCCUCCAGUCCAACCCGCUGCUGGAAGCCUUCGGCAACGCCAAGACGCUGAGAAACAACAACUCCAGCAGAUUUGGGAAAUACUUUGAGAUCCAGUUCAGCUCCGGCGGCGAACCGGACGGGGGGAAAAUCUCCAACUUCCUCCUGGAGAAGUCGCGCGUGGUCAUGAGGAACCCUGGCGAAAGGAGCUUCCACAUCUUCUACCAGCUCAUAGAAGGCGCUGGCGGGGAGCAGAAGAGCAGCCUGGGGAUCACCAGUCUGGAUUACUAUAGUUACCUCAACCAGUCUGGCUCCUACAAGGUGGACGACAUCAACGACAGGAGCGACUUCCAGGAGACGAUGAACGCCAUGGGCGUGAUCGGCAUCCGCGCCGAGGACCGCGCCAUGGUGCUGCAGAUCGUGGCCGGCGUCCUGCACCUCGGGAACAUCUGCUUCAAGGAAUCUGGCAACUACGCGGCCGUGGAGAGCGAGGAGUUUCUAGCCUUCCCUGCGUUUCUGCUCGGAAUCGACCAGAACCGUCUGAAGGAGAAGAUCACGAGUCGGAAGAUGGACAGCAAGUGGGGGAGCACGGUGGAGUCUAUAGACGUGACCCUGAACGUGGAGCAGGCGUGUUACACGCGUGACGCCCUGUCCAAGGCCCUGCAUUCACGCGUCUUUGACUUCCUGGUUGAGUCCAUCAAUAAAGCCAUGGUGAAGGAUCAUCAGGAGCUAAACAUGGGAGUCUUGGACAUUUAUGGAUUUGAAAUCUUCCAAAAAAACGGAUUUGAACAGUUCUGCAUCAACUUUGUGAAUGAGAAGCUGCAGCAGAUCUUCAUCGAGCUGACCCUGAAGGCAGAGCAGGAGGAGUACGUGCAGGAGGGCAUCAAGUGGACGCCCAUUGAAUACUUCAACAACAAGAUCGUCUGCGACCUCAUCGAGAGCAAGAAUCCCCCGGGCAUCAUGUGCAUCCUGGACGACGUGUGCGCCACCAUGCACGCGGUGGGCGAGGGCGCCGACCAGACCAUGCUGCAGAAGCUCAGGGUCCAGAUCAACACGCACGAGCACUUCAACAGCUGGAACCAGGGCUUCAUCAUCCACCACUACGCCGGCAAGGUGUCCUACGACGCUGAGGGCUUCUGCGAGCGGAACCGGGACGUCCUCUUCACUGACCUCAUUGAGCUGAUGCAGAGCAGCGAAACCGCCUUCAUCAGAGCACUGUUUCCCGAGAACCUCAACGCUGAGAAGAAGGGCCGACCCACCACGGCGGGCAGCAAGAUCAAGAAACAAGCCAAUGACCUGGUGAGCACGCUGAUGAAGUGUACGCCGCACUACAUCCGCUGCAUCAAACCCAAUGAAACCAAGAAGCCCAGAGACUGGGAGGAGAGCCGAGUGAAGCACCAAGUGGAAUAUCUGGGUCUGAAGGAGAAUAUCCGCGUGAGGCGCGCCGGCUACGCCUACCGCAGGAUCUUCAGGAAGUUCCUCAACAGGUACGCCAUCCUGACCAAGGAGUCCUGGCCCACGUGGCGAGGAGACGAGAAGCAGGGCGUCCUCCACCUCCUACGCUCCGUCAACAUGGACCAGGACCAGUUCCAGCUGGGCCGCACAAAGAUCUUCAUUAAAGCCCCCGAGUCGCUGUUUCUACUGGAGGAGACCAGGGAGCGUAAGUUUGACGGCUAUGCCCGAACCAUCCAGAAAGCCUGGAGGAAGUACAUGGCCCGCAAGAAGUAUGUCCAGAUGAGGGAGGAAGCCUCUGACCUGCUGCUGAACAGGAAGGAGAGGCGCCGGCACAGCCUCAACAGGAACUUCGUGGGCGACUACCUGGGCAUGGACGACAGGCCCGAGCUGCGGCAGUUCCUGGGCAAGAGGGAGAAGAUCGACUUCGCGGACAAAGUCUCAAAAUACGACCGACGGUUCAAGGCCAUUAAGAGAGACUUGAUCCUCACGCCGAAGUCAGUCUACCUGAUUGGACGAGAGAAGGUGAAGCAGGGCCCAGAGAAAGGUCAGGUCACCGAGGUGCUGAAGAGGCGCAUUGAGGUGGAGAAGAUCCUGGCAGUGUCUCUCAGCACGAUGCAGGAUGACUUCAUGAUCCUGCACGAGCAGGAGUACGACAGCCUGCUGGAGUGCGUCUUCAAGACCGAGUUCAUCAGCCUCCUGUCUCGCCGGUUCGAGGAGAAGACUCAGCGGAAGCUGCCACUGAAGUUUAGCAACACACUGGAGCUGAAGCUGAAGAAGGAGAACUGGGGCUUCCUGAGCGGCGGCGCCGGCUCCCGGCAGGUGCUGUUCGUCCAGGGUCUGGGGGACAUGGCCACGUUGAAGCCGUCCAGCAAGUCCCUGCAGGUCACCGUGGGCCCCGGGCUCCCCAAGAACACGCGUCCCACCAGAAGGAGCUUCACUCAGAGUCGCUCCAACGCGCCCAGAAGCCACCAGAACAUCCCGUCCCGGGCGGCGCCGGGGCCUCCAGUCGCCCACCAGAACGGCAGCGUCAAGCACUCCAACCAGAGGAACUCGCAGCAUCACAAGCAGAGGCACCCGUCGCCCGGCAACGCCACGCGGCCCUUCCUGCCCAGCAACAUCAGCCCGGCCAAGGAGCGCGGCGGCGGCGGCCGGCCGCCCGACCUCAACUGCCUGAGGGUCCCGGACCAGGGAGCCGCCGGCAACGGAGAGAGACGGCCGUCGACAGAUCGCAGAACAGCCCACAGGCCGUCAGCCAGCAGGCCUCCGCCGGGAGGAGGCCGGCCCAAACCCGCACCCAAGCCCAAGCACCUGGCGCCGCAGUGCAAGGCCCUGUACGCGUACGACGCCCAGGACACGGACGAGCUCAGCUUCAACGCCGAGGACGUCAUCGACAUCGUCAAAGAGGAUGAGUCCGGAUGGUGGACGGGGCGGCUCCGGGGAAAGCAGGGACUUUUCCCCAACAACUACGUCACCAAAAUCUAGGAGCCGCUGGUUGAUCGGACGCAGGCCGAGCCCGCGCUGCUUCUCCCAGAGGACCCGCUCCCGAGGAGAGGAGCACCCACUUCAUCCUCCGCUGCCUCGCAGUCCAGUAAAUGAAUGGAGCUCGUUUACGGCGCCACACCCACAGAGACUCUCGACCGCGGGGCCUGUUUUCCUCCACAGUCCCUCCGAGUACUGAACAAACCUAUUUAUUGUAUUUAUAGCUUUCAUUGUUCUCCCUACUGUCAUUUAGAUCUCGCUGAGGGUUUGAGCUGCGAUAGUUUGAAGCGAAGGAACGACCAAACGCUAAAUCUGAUUUGUGCUCUAAGAACGUUUAGAUGGUUUGUCCCCAUGUCACCAGCUCUAUUUAUUCUGGUCCCAGCAACAGAUUUGGGAAUCCUGAUGAUUUAAAUACCAAAGCAAAAUCUUUCCCCGACAGACGACGUGCGGCGGGCGACUCACCUGGGCCGCGGCUGCGUCCGCUGUGGCCUGAGCAGGCCGUCUGUGGCCUAUGAGCACUUUAUCGGUACAGGUACUACCUUCCACGGACGGACGGCGACGCUCGUCCUUGCUGCCGGUCGCGCGUGUGGAGGACAGGUUGCCAAACUGGCAACAAGCCGAGUUACUGAAGGGAACCAUGUUUACAUUAGAUGAUAAACAGGCAUUUUAGAUCUGAUUCUGUAUAUGUGUUUGCAUUUGUAUUUACAUCUGAGUACAUCUGUUGGUUAGAAUUUAAAUUAAUUUUUUUUAUAUUUUCACUGAAGGGUCUGAUUUAUUUCCUGGUUCGGCUACAGACACUGACGCUCAUCACGGCCUCGGGGGCUUUGGUUCUAUUUUGUAUGAACUUAUAAAGUUGUCUUGAUACAGUUUUUCGUGGCACUGCAGAAAACCCAUUUCGCUUUUGGUCAACUGUUUCUUUACUUGUGCAUUUUGCAUUACUCAUUUUUUUUAAAAAUCAGAUAAAAUCAGAUUUUCUGGCACAGAUCUGCAUCUUCAUCAAAUCUAGGUUGACCUUGGAUGGUUGAAAACAUCCUUGUGCAAUAAACCUCCAGGAGUCUCAAUAAAGCUUAUAAUGUACAUUUUA